AUGCAUGCCCAAAGCAUUCUUUCUCUUACCCUCCUGGCUGCAAUUGCCACCACCGCAAUUGCCGACGAUAUCGUCACCCUUUUCCUGCCCGAAUUCGACUCGCAAUCCCUUGUGGGAAAGGUCAUCGGUAUAGACGGUCCCUUGACCACCUAUGUCGUGGACUGCAAUCCCAAACCCAAGAAUCAGAACUUCAUCGUGAUGGGUGACUGUGCUGCCUCAUCCAGCGGCUUUACCAUCGUCCACGGACCUUCCACCUUCCGCGGUGUGUUCGAAUAUCCCCAGUACGUCGGCACUAUGGCUACUGUCGGUCCUGUGGAGGAUAUGUACCAGACUCUGACCAUCACCGGCACCGAGAGUGCUAGUGUCCCGGCUACUGCUCAGGCAUUUGCCACUGCUGGAACCGCCACGGCUACAGGAUCCACGACGCUGACGACUACGGGGGCUUCAACUUCGGCGAAGGAGACGGGGAAAGACACUGCUUCUGUAACAUCCCCAACGACUGCAGUCAGCAAAAGCACAAACGCCGCUGGGGCGCAGGUGACGGGUCUUGCUAACUGGGUGGUUGGUGGUGCGGCGGCUAUGGCGGUCGUUGCAGUGAUCUGA